AGAGGAAGUUAAAAAUAACAAUACUCUAAUUGUUGUUAGCAACUGGGAAAUUCCUGAAGUGUUUUGUUUUGCUUUUUAAAUAUUGAAAAUCUAGUGACUUCAUGAUCUUUAAUCUUCUGCAGAUAUAAACAAACAGAAGAUUAAAGAUCAUGAGGUCACUAUUUUAAAGCGAAACAAAAUUUUGAGAAUUUUUUCAAAUAAUGUAUCAAGUACCAGAUUACAACCAGACUGUGUCAAUGAAGCUAUCAGAGGUUCUGGCUGAUAUAGGUGUUGAUGAGAGAAUAGUGAUGAAGAGGAGAAGAACAUUGCUUCUGACAGAAUCAAUAGCAAAUAUAACUAACCAACUACUUGAUAAUAGAAAUGCUUCAGUAUACGUUUUUGGGAGUCAAUCAGAAGGUACAACUACAACAGGAAUGCAAUCAGACCUAGAUCAACUAAUUUGCAGUAAAGCAUUCCCUGUGAUACAAGACUGGAGUGACUGGAUACCUGGUUUAUAUAAUCUAUUGAUGAUUCAAGAUAAUUCUGUAUCUCCUGGAUAUUGUUUACUUCAAUUGCUGAGAAAAGAUGCUCCUCUUCCUCUUGAUGGUGAAUCUGAUCAAUUCUUUUUCAAAGACAGAACAGGAAAAUUACUUUUAAAGCAUUUUAUAGUAUCUGCAUUUAAUAUAAACCGUGAAAUACAUGGGCCCGCAGGUGUUAUACAAGGACAACCAGGCUACUGUGAUAAAGAUUCUGUGUUUGCAAUACGUUGUACAAAAUGGCCACAACAAGCUAGACAAUGGUUGAAUCAACAAGGUGAAGGUCAAUGGCCAUCUGCUGAAAUGAAACAAUACUGCAGCAGAACUGGAUGCUUUGUUGUUGCUGUUGGAUGUAGUGGCAGUGAACAUGAGCAACUUGAAUGGAGAAUAUCAACAUCUUUAGCAGAAAGGUGUUUAAUGUUCAACCUGAAUAUUACACAGAUUCGCUGUUAUGUCUUGAUGAAAAUUAUUUUAAAAACAUUUACAAAUCCACUGUUUAAAGAUGUUAUUACAAGUUUUAUGUGUAAAACUGUACUCUUCAACUGUAUUUCCAAUACACAUUCUAACAUCUGGAGAGAAAAUAACUUACUUUCUUGUCUAUCACUGUGUUUAUAUCUCCUGUACAACAAUAUCAUUAAUGAAAAUUGUCCACAUUUUAUCAUACCUGGGAACAAUUUAAUGAGGGGGAAAAUUUCACCUGCAGUCAAACCAUAUAUCCUGGAAAUAUUAAGCAAUAUCAUCAACAGUGAAGGAGUGGUACUACUUGGGAUUAAAUGUGAUGCUCUUGGUUCAAGGCUUCAUCUUAAGUUUAAUAACUUAUGUACAAUCAAGACAAGUGACAUUAUUUCAGGAACCUAGCUGUAUAUAUAUAUAGGAAGCAGAAAGCAUUUAAUAAUAAUCUUAAGGACAUUAGUCCUAAUGAAGCUGUAGAAAUAUUAAAGAACUAUGUAUCGAAGACAAUCAACUAUCAAUAUGAAGGAUUAGAUAAGACAGCCAGUCAUCUUCUGUUACCAUGGUAUUGUACAACACUUGGAUCUGUCCUGGCUUCACUAAACAUCUAUCAUUACAACACUGUAUCAGCAGAUGCCCUCAAACUCAUCUCACUUGGUCUGAAUACAGAUGUUGCAUCAAGUAAACUGAAACUAGCUUCAAUCUUAUACUGUGUUCAAGAAAUACAAAAAGCUGACUCAGUACUCAGUGAGAUUGAAAGAAGAUAUGAUCUACAAAUUGUUGAGCCUGUCUGUAGUUGUUAUCAAUUUGA